UAACCAAUGUGAUCCUGCAAUCUGUACAUGUGGAAAAAUGACAAUUCAUACCCUAUUUGAAUCAAAUGUAUGAUAUGUCAAGAUCAUUGUAUUGUCUUGAACAGCUAAUAAAAAUAAAUAAAAUUUAAAAAAGAAUAUAACACAAGCUUAUCAUAUUAUCUUGUGAAAGAAUAUUCUGUUGUGUUAUCUUCAAUUAUUAAAACUUUUGGUUAAUAUGCAUCCUAACAAAAAAAAAGUUUGGAAGGUUUGGAAAUGGAUCAUGAAUCCUUGGUUAAUCAGAACUGAAAAUGUAGAAAGGUUGAUGUAGGGCAGUGUUGUUUGUGAAUAAAGCUCGUGCCACUGAGAAGGACUGAGGACCUUCAGUGUUUCCUUUGAAGCUGGGUAGCCAAUAUCUUUCUGAGAAAAGAGCCUUUGGCAAUCUGAAGAUACAACCAAAUUUUGCUUCUGGAAAAAAUACCCCAAUUCAGCCUCUAUUCAUAUUUACUUUCCUUUCAUCUUUUUGAGUUGUAAAGUCCAAAGUCAUUGCUCUAUAUUGUGUUUCUAUUCUCACAUGGCUGUAUGAGGUGUGAUUUUCCCCUGACAUUAUGAUAAGCUAUUCUUCUCUGGAAAGGAUACCCAUCGGGUAUGUAGACACUGGUCACUCAUUAAUCAUUGCUUAUCUGAGUGAAUCAUUGACAGUGUAUAAUCAUUUUUAUGAAUUGAUGAAUGCAGGAUUACUGUUGUAUAUAAAAUGCUUGUACUUCCGCCUACUGUAUCCCUUGAGCUUUGUGUCCAAGCAGCUGGAUUGCAGGGGCUCAGCUAUCCCAUGGCUCCUGGUCUUUUGCCUGCUGCCCUUCCUCUGUGUGUGUGUGUACUGCUGGCAUGUGGCUCUGCCCAGGCAGGCAAGCUGCUGGUGGUGCCCAUGGAUGGCAGCCACUGGUUUACCAUGCGGUCAGUUGUGGAGAAACUCGUCCACAGAGGGCAUGAAGUGGUUGCUGUCAUGCCAGAGGUGAGUUGGCAACUGGGACAGUCAUUGAAUUUUACAGUAAAGACUUAUUCAACUUCUUACAGUUUGGAGGACUUGGAACAUGAGUUUAAAGUUUUUGCUGAGACUCAAAUGAAAAAAUCAGAUGAAAGUUUAUUGUCUGCAUUAUUGGAUUCAUACAAUGGGUUUUUUGAACUACAUUUUACCCAUUGUAGGAGUUUGUUUAAUGACAAGAAGUUAGUAGAAUACUUACAGGAGAGCUCUUUUGAUGCAGUGUUUAUGGAUCCUUUUGACAUGUGUGGUCUAAUUAUUGCCAAGUACUUUUCACUCCCAUCUGUGGUCUUCACCAGGGGAGUGUUCUGCCAUUACCUUGAAGAAGGUGCUCAGUGCCCCAGUCCUCUGUCCUACAUUCCCAGAUUUUUUUUUCACUUUAAACAAGAAUGUUUUUUAUUUGUACAAAGCAUUAUAAUCUUUAAAACAGUCUUCGUUUACCAAUAAACUUUCCAUUGCAUUCAUUUAACAAAUUAAUGGUAUAUUAAUUUGUUACUACCUUGUCAAAUCCCAAACACUCAACUGAGACAAAAAAAAAUGCUUUGAAGCACUGAAUGGAAAGAGAAAAGGCUAAGAAAGGCCAACAGAGAUAUUUUAGAAGAAGUUAAGGGGAAUUUUUUUGGGUGGGGGUGGGAGAUUAAAUUCAUGAGCACCAUCAGAUUUCCCUUAAGGUUCAGAGUUUAUCAAAGAAAAAUAUUAAGAUGUGAAAUUAGAACUAAGAAAUAUAAGAAACCUGCACUUUGGGAUAUUAAGCAGGUAAUCAGAAUUCCUAGAUUGUGGAUGAAGUUAAGUGAAAAAGGGAAAGAAAGUAGAGAAGAGUCAGAAGAGAUAGAAAAAGGGGAAAAAGAUGUGCCUAGAGGGAAUUAAGUCUGAAAUUCAUAAUGAAUUAAAGAAUGAAAAGACAAAGACACAGUCUGGGAGAUGAAGUGUAAAAAGAGAAAGCCUGGGGGGUUCUGCACCUUCCAGGAGGUGACAUUAAAUACUAACACUGUACAGUAGUAAAUAGUGAGGGACAACUAACACUAUGCCAUCUGUCUUAAAUAAGUAAAUAAGUCCCUGCUGGACUAACUCCAAUCAAUACUGAUUUAAAAGCAUAUGUGCCCAGA